AUGGUUCAACCGGGCGAGGAGGCGGGGCUCAAGGAGAAGAUAGUCGCCAUUUUCGUAUGGAUAGCUCCUGCCGUCACCCGAGAGCUCAUAACGUCUCUCCCCAACCUGAGGGUUGUGGGUAACUGUGCGGUGGGCUACGAUCACGUGGACCUGGCAGCCUGUGCAGAGAGAGGAGUUAGGGUGGGGUACACACCAAAUGUCCUCAACAAGACGACUGCCGACAUGGCGUGGGCUCUUCUUCUAGCCAGUGGGAGAAAAGUGGUGGAGGGAGACUCUAUCUCCAAGAAUCCGAGCACGAGUACCUUUGACUCCAACUGGAUGGGUCAACAGGUCAGCGGAACCACUCUGGGAAUAGUUGGUAUGGGGAGGAUAGGGUACGAGAUUGCCAAGAGGGCGGUUGGUUUCGAGAUGAAGGUACUCUACCACAAUCGUCACCGAAAAUCGGCCGAGGAGGAGGAGAGAGUCGGAGCUACAUAUGUUCCAACACUAGCAGGUCUGCUGGGUGAGUCAGACUAUGUGGUGCUAGCUGCACCGGCCACUGGCGACACACACCACAUGAUGAGCAGGGAGCAGUUUGCCGCCAUGAAGCCGACUGGCGUGUUUGUCAACAUCUCUCGCGGGACUCUGGUGGACCAGGACGCCCUCGCCGAGGCUCUGAGGGGCGGAGUCAUCUCUGCCGCCGGGCUCGACGUGACAGAUCCUGAGCCCCUCCCACGUGACCACACCCUCCUCUCCCUCCCCAAUCUAACCCUCACACCCCACACUGGCAGUGCCACUCUCCCCACCCGACAGGCAAUGGUGCAGAUGACAGUUGACAAUAUCAAAGCCGUUCUUCAGGGGCAACCCAUGGUGAAUGAAGUCGCCCUCCCCUCAUUGUAA